CGAAUGUGUAGAAAUUCGAGCUGUAAAGGUGUACAUGUCCUCCAACCCAUCCAGCUAGACCGACAGACCGGUCGAUAAGCUCUCGCUGGAGAGGGCCUUGAUCCAAAAAGAACGUGCAUCUUUGCAGGCCCAUACACGACGAGACUUCCUUCUAGCACACGAUGAGAAAUGGAGAGAAGUUUCCGUGUCGAUCAUCAGUCGAGUGUUCCCGAGCGUUGACCUUGAUGACCACACCGUCGGGCUAGACAUGGGUAUAUAACUCGAGGCAGUCCCGUUCAAGCUGCCCACAAAUCUUCAACAGUUACCAGUCUCAUCCUGAGUAACUGAAGCUAUGGCUCUAACCGCUUUGUUUUCCGAGACAAACAAAUUGAGUUUGGUUCUGUACUCGUUCAUCAUCUACGUCUUGAUAUCUUUACUGCGAUACUCAGUCACCCCAUUGAAGAGUGUCCCCGGCCCUUUCUUUGCACGCUUCACCCGUCUUUGGGAACUCCACGCUGUCAGAAGAGGUGGCUUCGAAAAGACUCAUAUUGCAUUGCAUGAGCAACACGGCCCGAUAGUACGACUGGCACCAAACCGCUAUAGCAUCAGCGACGCGAAAGAGGCAGACCAGAUCUACCGUCACGGCUCGAAGUUCGUCAAAGCUGACUUCUAUCAUGCUUUCGGUAACCCAAACCCUGUUGAUGCAGACACAUUUUCCGAACGCGAUAACGAGCGACAUGCAUUCAAGCGACGUAAAAUUGCGUCGCUUUACUCGAUGUCAACCCUGGUGUCAUACGAGCAAUUUGUCGAUCGAUGCAACACUGUUUUGUGCGAGAAGAUGUGUGAGUUUGCCGAUGCAGGUACCACUUUCGAGGUCCCAGCCUGGAUGCAGUUCUAUGCUUUUGAUGUUAUUGGGGAGAUAUCAGUCGGCCGCUCCUUUGGCUUCAUGGAAAGGGGAUACGACUUCAAUGGCAUACUUCAAGCAAUUCAUGCCUCAAUGACUUACGGGUCUCGCGUCGGUUUAUUGCCAGAGUUUCAUCCAUUCUUUGCUUGGAUGGCAAGAACCACUAAGCAGCCAAUCCCAUUUGACACCGUGCAAGAUUUCAUAGAUGGCAGCGUGGAGAUACGAAAGCAAGGAGGCUUUCCUACCGACCGCGAAGACUUCCUGACGAAACUUCUCAGCCUCAGGAAGAGCGAAAAGAUCAACGACUUGGACGUAGCGACAUCUCUGGGCGCAAAUAUCGCAGCUGGGUCUGACACCACAGCAAUCAGCCUAUCGACAGUGAUUUAUCAUAUGGCAAAAAAUCCUGCAAAGGCCGGGAAGUUGCGACAAGAGAUCCGUGAACAUGAAGAGUCGAAGACCAUCUCGGAUCCCGUCACGUUCAAGGAGGCUCAGGAUAUGCCAUACCUGCAGGCUGUCAUCAAAGAAGCUUUGCGUAUACAUCCUGUCACUGGCCAGAUACUUAGUAGACUUGUGCCGUCAGGCGGUGCUACCAUUUGCGGACGUUACUUUCCAGAGGGUACUGAAGUGGGCACCAGUCCAUGGUUAACGCACUUCGACGAAGACAUAUUCGGCGCAAAUACCCAUAGCUUUAUUCCGGAGAGAUGGCUUGAAGACAAGGACAGAGCUUCCGUCAUGAACCAACACAUGUUAGCUUUUGGUGCCGGAGCCCGUACGUGUUUAGGCAAAAACAUUAGCAUGUUGGAGAUGACAAAGGUGAUCCCACAAUUGUACCGCAAGUUCGAUUUCGAGCUUGUGAAGGUGGAUGAAGACUGGAAGUUGGACAUGGUGUGGUUUGUGAAACAAAGCUUCAAAUGUCGGGUCAAUCGGAUUUGAUACCUGAACGUACCUGCAG